AUGCAACGAGCAAAGCCUUUAGCCCGGAUCAUCAAAUCGCAACGCUCCCCAACAUGGCCUACGCCUCCAACACGAGACCUUCCUCCGAAGCAUGUUUGCGAUGACCUCGUCGCUGCAUAUCUUCGAACCAUGGAGACUCUCUACCGCGUGCUGCAUGUUCCCAGCUUCCAACAUGCAUACGAUAACAUGUGGAAAGACAAAUCGGAAUCUAACAUGGCAUUUGUGAUGAUGUUGAAGUUGGUCUUGGCGAUUGGAGCCAUGAUAUACGACGACAAAGUGUGCAUGCGAGCCAACGCGGUGAGAUGGGUCUUUGAGGCCCAGACCUGGCUGUCAUCACCCUUGUUCAAAUCAAAGCUCGGUAUCCAAUAUCUACAGAUCAGCAUCCUCCUCCUGAUCGCACGAGAGCUUGUCGACGUUGGCUCUGAGCUUGUGUGGAUCUCAGCGGGCGCGGUGUAUCGAGCAGCGGUAUAUGUUGGGUUGCACAAGGACCCGUCGCAGCUUCCGAGUACGACGGCUCUUGAGACUGAGAUGCGCCGCCGGAUAUGGAAUACAAUCCUGGAGUUGUCGCUUCAAAUGAGCAUGGGAUCGGGUGGUCCGCCAUUCAUCUCAUCGGACGACUUCAAUACAGCGCCACCAAGCAAUUUGGACGAUGAACAACUCUUGGAAGCAGACCCUGUUGCAAGAGCAGAUCAUGUGUAUACGCAGACGUCCAUUGCUAUAGCUCUGCGCAAGACCCUUCCGGCUCGGCUUGCGGUACUCCGAUUUCUGAACGACGUCAACUCGAGCGGGACAUAUGAGGAGACGCUUCGCAUCGAUUCGGAUCUGAGAGCUGCACAUAAGUUCUUGCGUCGCACCCUACAUGCAUACACCUCACAUACCAGCUCGUUCCCCUCACAGUUUACUCUUCAAGCUGUAGAGUUCAUAAUGCAGCGCUACGUUACCUGCUUACAUCUUCCAUUCUUCGCUUCCGCACUCAAGAAUCCGGUCUAUGCCUAUUCGAGGAAAGCUACUGUUGACUCAUCGCUCAAGAUCUGGAGUAUGGCUUGUCCGAAUGCAGGCGGAAGCUCAUGUCGUCCGAGCGAGACCGACUUUGUACGCAUGUGCAGGUGCACAGCGGGGUUCUUCCGAAUGUAUACUUUCCACGGGUCGACAUUUCUGGCUGCUGAACUGCGGAUGCGAAUACAGGAGGACGAAGGUGAUCUCGACGCAUUGCCAUCAUCAUUAAAUAAUAUUGUCGAUGACGCUGCCAAUUGGUACCUCCGCUGCAUGGAAGCCGGUGAGACUGGUAUGAAGGGCUACCUUCUUUUACGGCUCGUCGGUGCUUGGAUUGACGCGGAAAGUCAUCAUGUAGACAAAUCAGAUCUGCCUGCAUUGCUGGCGGGAGCCGCAGAAGACGCUGCUCAGGUUUGUAUACCGGUUCUGGAAGCAUUGGCUAGUUGUGAGGAGCCGCGUCCUGGUGGUGCCGGCAUGGAGGGCAGCGGUAUGGAAGAAUUCGACUUCCAGUUCUCACCGGAGUUCACGGAAGACUGGGACAUGCUCAUGUCGGGGACAUUCAGUCUGGACGACGCAGGGGUCUUCGACGCGUUCGUGUCGUGA